CAUGGCGGCGCCUCCAUGGCCCGGGCGAGCCGCGGCGCGCCUGUGCCGCUGGGCACGCCGGGAAAUGUAGUCCCGGCGCGGAGAGAGCGGCGGUGGCUGCUGGCGAUGGCGGCGGAGAGCGGCCCCGCGGAGCAGUGGCGCACGGCCCUGCCGCAGCACGAGGUGCUCAGCCGCCUCCGGGAGCGAGAGGCCGCAGCCCCCGGCGCCGCCGCCCGGCCGCCCAUCAUCCGCAACCUCCUCUUCGGCCUCGAUGGCGACCUCUUCCUCUGGGACAGCGAGCACAGCGCCCUCCACACCAUCGGCCUGCGCCGCCUCGGCGGGCCCGAGGCCCCGGGGCUCAGCCGGUACCAGACCCUGAUGUGCAUAAACCCACCCCUGUUCGAGGUUUAUCAGACGCUGUUAAGCCCCACGCAGCAUCAUGUGGCGCUCAUCGGUACGAAGGGGCUCAUGGUGCUGGAGCUGCCUAAACGCUGGGGGAAGAAUUCAGAGUUUGAAGGUGGGAAAUCCACGGUGAACUGUAGCACUGUCCCUAUUGCGGAAAGGUUCUUCACAAGCUCAACAUCUCUGACUUUAAAGCAUGCUGCCUGGUAUCCCUGCGAGACACUGGAGCCCCAUAUUGUGCUCUUGACUUCAGAUAACACUAUACGGUUUUACAGCCUGAAGGUACCUCACACACCCAUCAAGGUGAUCGCUCUUUCAGACACUGAGGAGGAGACUUUCACCAUCAAAAAAGGGAGAGCCUACACAGCAUCACUGGGGGAGACCGCGGUGGCAUUUGACUUCGGCCCACUGGUGCCAGUCCCAAAGAACACACUGGGACAGCGAGGCAGUGACGAGGUGCUGGCCUAUCCACUUUACAUUCUGUAUGAAAAUGGAGAGACGUUCCUCACCUACAUCAGCCUGCUGCAGAGCACUGGGAAUCUUGGCAAGCUGCUUGGCCCUCUGCCCAUGCACCCUGCAGCAGAAGACAACUAUGGCUACGAUGCUUGUGCUGUCCUUUGCCUGCCCUGUGUUCCAAACAUCCUGGUGAUUGCCACCGAGUCGGGAAUGCUUUAUCACUGUGUGGUACUGGAUGGAGAAGAAGAUGACGAUCCGUCAGAAAAGUCAUGGGACCCAAGAUCUGAUAUUAUUCCUUCCCUGUACGUGUUUGAAUGUGUUGAGCUGGAACUUGCACUGAAACUGGCAUCAGGAGAUGAAGAGGAGCCUUUAGAAUCUGACUUCUCUUGCCCAAUCAAAUUGCAUCAAGAUCCAAAAUGUCCCUCUCGCUACCACUGCACACACGAAGCUGGUGUCCAUAGCGUGGGGCUGACAUGGAUCAACAAACUGCACAAAUUCCUUAGCUCAGAUGAAGAAGACAAAGACAGUUUACAAGAGUUGGGAGCAGAACAGAAGUGCUUUGUUGAACAUAUUCUUUGUACAAAACCGUUGCCAUGCAGGCAGCCUGCUCCUAUUCGAGGCUUUUGGAUUGUUUCUGACAUCCUGGGACCCACAAUGAUCUGCAUCACAAACACCUAUGAGUGUAUUACAAGGCCUCUCUUAAGUACAGUCCAUCCUGCAUCCCCUCCACUGCUGUGUACCAGGGAAGACAAGGAAGUUGCUGUUUCCCCUCUCCGUAUCCUGGCUGCAUCACAGCAUUCAUUUGAGAAGCAUAUCCGAAGCAUCCUGCAGCGCAGUUCUGCCAAUCCCUUGGUUCUGAAGUCUGCUGAUAAAGAUGCUGCUCCUCCCCCUGAAGAAUGCCUUCAGCUUCUUAGCAGAGCCACCCAAGUGUUCAGAGAGGAAUAUAUACUGAAACAGGACCUGGCAAAGGAGGAAAUUCAGCAAAGAGUGAAGCUGCUGUGGGGACAGAAGAAGAAACAACUGGAAGAGAUUAAUUACUGUCGGGAGGAAAGGAAAAGCCUGCGGGAAAUGGCCGAGCGCUUGGCUGACAAGUACGAGGAAGCCAAAGAGAAGCAGGAAGAUAUUAUGAACAGGAUGAAGAAAGUACUUCGGAGUUUCCACUCUCAGCUUCCUGUUCUGUCAGACAGUGAAAAAGACAUGAGGAAAGAGCUGCAGACAAUACAUGACCAGCUGCAGCACCUGAGCAAUGCCAUCAGACAGGUUAAAAUGAAAAAGGAAUAUCAGCAGAAAAAGAUGGAGAGGGGUUCCAGCCCCCGAAAACCCAGCAUUAGCCUCAGUGCCUACCAGAGCAAGUGCAUCCAAACCGUCCUGAAAGAAGAGGGAGAACACAUAAGGGAAAUGGUCAAACAGAUCAACGACAUCAGAAGCCAUGUGAACUUUUGACAUGCCCUCGCUGAGGAAGCUGCACCAAAAGACUGGAUGAGCUUUAACGUUCCCUGAUAUCUCCCCUUGUAUAUUUACCAUUUGUACGUCAAGCAAUACACCUUUUACUUAUUGUUUUGUGAAGCUGGACUGUGAAAUAAGAUACUUUUGAUGAGAUUCCUUA